CCGUCAUCCGCCUCGUCCUCAAUCCCACCCCAUCAGAUUAGAUUGCUACCCCACCUUCCACAAAUAGCCAAGUAGGAAAGAGAAGUGGACGGAGAGGGGUGUGUGGAGGCAAGGUUGAUUGGAUUAGAGUUAGAGUUAUCAGAUCGAGCUUACUGUAAGCGAGCAGGAUGGAAGCGAGCGAAAUAGCGCAGCCAGGCGAAAAUUUUGCCUCUCGAAAAACAAACCACACCAAAUCAUAACAGCACAUUCUAAUAUGCUAUGCAGCGCUUCGGGCACAUGUGUGAAGUCUUUGGUUUUCCGUCCUGCAUGCGCAACGGACGGGCAUGUGGUGGCUGGUGUGGGAUUGAGGGUUGAAAUCGAGGAUUAUUGACGCUUGAAGCGGCACCAACUGCUGCCCUAACAAUAAACAUUCGACAUGUGCAGAUACCCCUGUUUAAGAUGAACCAACACACAACGGUCGAUCGUCCCCUCCCGAGAAGGGUCCGGACACACCCACUCACACCAUUUCUACUUGGAAGUUGAUUGCCUUACCAGGUGAUCAAAAGCCGAGGUCACGUUUCUGCAGCUGUCCCGUCCUGCUGCAACCCCCAAGCAACUGCCAGCGGUUCAUGGCGCUUGCGAUUUCUGUGCUAUUGCGUUAUACUCUUUAUCCAUAUCCUGUAGAUAUUGUCGUCAUCUAUCAUUGUGUCUCGCUACGUCGUCUGCAUCGGCAAGUAUUUAUUAUCGCAGUGAGAGGGAAGAGAUUUUCACGAUGGAUGAUGCCAACGCGCUAAACAUCGAGGGCAAGGAUAGCUACAUGAACAGCGAUAGCAUCGACGAACGCAGUGACUACUCCAGCAAUACAGAAGAUCAGACCGAAGCUCAGCAACAGCGAGACUGGAAUCAACACCCCACUCUUGCCUCCAACAGCACGUUUUUCCCCUCGCGCCAUCACAUGACAGACCCCCAGGCCAGAUUCCGGCUCACUCUCCCCACCGACGAGAUGGAAACCGACCAGAACCCCAGUGACGAUCCAGCGUACGACCCAGUCCAGAUACCCAUCCAGAAGUCCUGCCGCUCGACGGAGCCAGCAGAUAUGAGCGACAUGCUGCUGCUGGCAUGGGUGCUCCUCAUGCGCAGAUAUAACGGUGACCACGAAAUCCACUUCUCGUGGGGUUACACAGAGGGUGGUGCAGGUACCGUCUCCACUGGAUUGAUAGGUGUUCAGAGAGAUUGCCGGGUGGCGGAUGUAUUGGAGAGUAUCAGGCUGUUGCGGGAUCAGAGUCCGUUUUCGGUAGAUUACGUGACUGAGACGAGCGAGAGUUAUAUCUAUUUCAACAAUGCUUCGCUAACAUCGAAUGGGAGAUCAAACUGGACAUACCGUAUUGAAGUUCGAGAAUGCGAGAGUCUCGAAUGUGACCAAACACUCUGGCUAAAACCAUCCUGGGAUCACCGAGUAAUGGGAAAACCGCUAGCCGAUGCUCUACUCUCUUCCUUCAAGGGGAUCCUGCGAGCUGUCUUUUCAGAUCCCAAUCAACUUGUUGCAGAAAUCCUAGGCAUGAACGAGCAAGACGUUGAGGUGUUGAGACCAGACUUGUCGAGGACGUCAUCCUAUUCGUCGUUCAAGUCUUCAGAAUCACAGAGCCGGCAUAUGAGUGUCGGGAUCGAGGCCUGACUUGCUGAGGAAGUACCCGAUGUGGAAACAUCGGUAGGCGGUUCUCAGCUUCCUUCAAGCAAAGAACACUGAGCGAGAAGCUGGCGGCAUUGGUCUCAUUAUCAUUUCAUAUACCGAUGCAUGCUGAAGCUAUGCAGCAAUUUCUCUUUAGCGUUCCCAGAAGGACUCCAAGUCUGUGGAGAUGGGAUGAAAAGCAGUGUGACUGGGGUUCAGAAGGUUGCGGAAGUGUCAGCUCAACCAAAGUCGAGUCGAGCAUGUGUCAGGCGGGGAGUGGCGAUGAUAUGGAGGGAUGGGGACGUUGGACAGCAAUGCACUUUCCAAAACAAAGGUCUAGAAGACUUUCUACAACGGGGAUUUUGAGUGAUGCUAUAUAUUUGAUACCUUUGUUUAUAUCACGCAAUUCAAUUAUGUCAGCCUUAACAUGAAGACUAAUGGAAUUAAAAUGAGG